GACAUUCAAAUGCAGUGUCUAUUUUCUACUGUUCCUUGGUAUAUAUAACUAACCACUUCUAUUGCUUCUUACACAACACAACCACAUAUCCCUUGAAAUCUAAUCUAAAGCCUUCUUUGUUUCUCAAAGUUUCUUUUCUUGCCCAUACCAUAAGCCAUGAUCAACCCCAAGAGGCUUGUUGAGUUGGCAAGGAAGUGGCAAAAGUUAGCGGCCAUAGGAAGGAGAAGAAUCUCAAUAUCAAGAACUCUUUCCUCUACGAAAUUGGAUGGAAGACACUGCAAAGCGGUAGCUGAUAAGCGUCAUUUUGUUGUGUACACGACUGAUGGAAUGCGUUUUGUGGUUCCCUUAGCACAUCUCAAUAGCCCUGUCUUCAAAGAGCUGUUUAAAAUGUCUGAAGAUGAAUUUGGGUUACCUUGCAGCGGGCCUAUCACCUUACCAUGUGACGCAGUUUUCAUGGAGUACAUUCUGCUGUUGGUUCGGGUAUCCGCAUCUAAAAAUGUAGAAGAAGCUUUGCUUCUCUCCAUAGGUGGUGGUCGGUGCUCUACUGCUUCGUUAGCACAUGGACUGAUCAACCAACAAACGCUUCUGCAUGCCUUCUAAAGAAGCUGUCAUAUGAGUUUCUAGG